AUGUUGGUAGAUAGACUUGUACGACCUUAUGGUCUCCGCGACUUACUACUCCUUUUCUUAUUCCUUACAUUGAUUGUUCCUAUAACGGAUGCUGCAAAGGAUAAGAAACCAAAAAUUGCUUCUAAUUAUGCUCCAAAGAGAAUUAAAUGUCCUCAUGACUCAAACCAGUCGUUACUAAGAGAAGCAAAUUCUAUCUCAUUUGAAGAAUCACAGUGGUUACGUAAAAGAAAAGAAGUCACGGUACCUGCUUUAAAAGAGUUCUUGUUGAGAGCCACAGAGAAUUUCGAAGAUAACUCAUUCGUCGAUUUACUCUUCCAGAAUGAUAAUGAUGAUAAUGAUAAUGACGAUAAUGUCAACGUUCCAAAGAUUGGGAUCGCUAUUAGUGGCGGUGGUUACAGAUCAAUGUUGACUGGGGCAGGUGUCCUUGCAGCAAUGGAUGAUCGUACAAUAAACUCAACAAUAAAUGGACUUGGUGGACUUCUACAAUCGACUAGUUACAUUGCAGGUGUUUCUGGUGGGAAUUGGUUAGUAGGUUCUUUGGCAUGGAAUAAUUGGACCUCUGUACAAUCUAUCAUAGAUAAUUGGAAUAUAGACGAUAAAGACGAUGAUGUUGAAGAUAACACUGAUAGUAUCGGGGUCUCAGAGACUGAAGAUGUGACAAUAGAAGAAGAUGCGGAUUAUGAAGUAAACCCGAUUUGGGAUCUUCAUGACUCUAUUAUUUCUCCAGGUGGGAUGAAUAUAUUUAAAUCUGCUAAAAGAUGGGAUCAUAUCUCGAAUGCAAUUCAAGCUAAGCAAGAUGCAGGUUUUGAAACUUCUUUGACUGAUGUAUGGGGUAGAGCAUUGUCCUAUAAUUUUUUCCCAAAUUUAAAUAGAGGUGGGAUCGAUUAUACUUGGAGUUCAUUACGAAACUCAAAAGUCUUCGGAGAUGCUCAAAUGCCUUUCCCUAUAAGUCUUUCAGAUGGUAGAUACCCAGGUUCUAGUGUUAUUAAUUUGAAUGCAACUUUGUUUGAAUUUAAUCCAUUCGAAAUGGGUUCUUGGGAUUCUUCUUUGAAUGCAUUCUUUGACGUUCGAUAUUUGGGAUCCAAUGUAUCUAACGGUAUACCAAUUAAGCCUUACGUAAAGACACACAGUUUGACUACGUCGACAAAUAAAGACAACACAGAUGUUGUAGAGGACGACAUCGAGGACGGUAAGGAAUGUAUUAUCGGGUAUGAUAACACUGCAUUCAUUAUGGCAACAUCCUCAACUUUAUUUAAUCAAUUCUUAUUAAGAAUUAACUCUACAAAAUUACCUGUUCCAAAAUUUAUCACGCGGUUAGCAACUCAUUUCUUAAACGAUCUAUCACAGGAUUAUAACGAUAUUGCCGUGUAUCAUCCGAACCCUUUUAAGGAUUCGAAGUUUGUACUAGAUAAUUUCACAACAAGUAUCACCACCUCUGAUAGUUUAUACUUGGUGGAUGGUGGUGAGGAUGAUGAGAAUAUCCCAUUUGUUCCAUUGAUUCAAAAGGAUCGAGAUUUGGAUAUCAUAUUUGCUUUGGAUAGUUCUGCAGAUAUGAAAUUGCAAUGGCCAGAUGGGUCCUCUUUGGUUCAUACUUAUGAACGUCAAUUCUUUAAACAAGGUGAUGGGAUGGCAUUCCCUUACGUUCCAGAUACUAAUACAUUUACUAAUUUGGGAUUAAAUAAGAGACCUACUUUCUUUGGUUGUGAUGCAUCAAAUAUGACAGAUCUAGAAUAUAUCCCUCCUUUGAUCGUAUAUAUGCCAAAUUCAGAAUAUUCAUUCCAGAGUAAUCAAAGUGCAUUCAAACUAUCUUAUUCUGAGACUCAAAGAAGGCAAAUGAUUCAAAAUGGGUUUGAAAUUGCAACGAGGAAUAAUUUCACGGAUGAUCCAGAUUUCUUAAGCUGUAUUGGAUGUGCUAUUAUGAGAAGAAAACAAGAAUCUUUAAAUAUCACAUUACCAAUCGAAUGUGAAUCCUGUUUUGUGACAUACUGUUGGGAUGGUGAAUUAGAUACUACAGAAUUGCCAGAUUCUGAAAAGGAUUGGCAUCAUUCGUUUGUCUACGAAAAUGGUAAACCAAAUGACACUAAUUCCACCGCAAAAGGUUCUGGAACGUUUUCAUCUUUCCGAUAUGGUGAUUCUCCAUAUUUGAGAGAUUCAAAUUCCAAAGAUAUUAAGGACCAUUCAGACGAAGAUCAAUACAAGAACACAAAAAUCUUCACUGGGACUCUGAUCAACAUCAAAUUCAUCAUGUUGUUGCUGUGUAUAAUGACAUUUUUGGUAGGGUUGAUCUAG